CCCGCUGAAACGGUUCCCCCAGGAAACUCGACCCGGCGUCGAACGGUCCGGGCCCCCCCGGUACCCCCUUCACCGACGUCCUUCGUUCUGUGUUUUUGUUUGUUUGCUCGCCCCCUUCGGCUUACGGCGCGGCUCUCACCGAAGACCUCGCCUCCUCCCUUCCGCAGCUCUGGGCAUGGGCCUAGCUGUCCCCUCUCGCUCCUCUUCACCGGUGGUUCCGGGCUCAGGUGCGUGUUUCCCGCCCGGACGGCGAUGAGCGACGCACUUGGCUGAUGCAAAGGGGAAUCGCGGCUUCUUCCAGAGGCUGUCUCCUGAGGCAGGUGAGGAGCCGGGGGGGGGGGAGAGGCGAGUAGUCGGGGGAGAGGCUCCCCUGCAGCCCACCCUUUGAGCGGGAGGUCUUUGGGCGGGGGAAGAAGUCCGUGGGGGUCCGACCCGUCGCCCAACUGGCCCAUUAUUCUCCUCUCAUGUAGUCCCCCCCCCAAAAAAGACAGAGGCGGGCCAAGGCAUAGCUCAGGGCCCCACUCUCUUGGCCCCCCCCCAAAAAAAAACUAAAGAAAAAAAAACUUGGAUGUACAUUUCCAAAAUAUAAGAUUAUAAAAAUAAAACAAAACCUACAUACAGCAAUAGUGAUUUGUGUUGUGUACAUAGCUGUCAACGUUUCCCUUUUUUUAAGGGAAAUUCCGAAUAGGAUUCCUCGCAAGAAAAGGGAAAAGUUGACAGCUAUGGUUGUGUAGGCUCCUAUUUGUUAUGUGCAAAUGGCUUUAGAUAUCUGUUAGGUCCGACAGCUGGACUUAUAAAAGGCCCCAUCAAACCUAAUAAUAAUAAUAAUAAUAUUUUUUAUUUAUACCCCGCCCUCCCCAGGUAAGGCCGGGCUCAGGCCGGCUAACAAGCAAUAAUAAAAACAAGUUGAAUGAAUACAACUUAAAAACAAGAUUAAAAUACAACAUUAAAUACAACAUUAAAAUAUUGAAACGUUAAAAUAUUAAAUUGCAACCUAGGGCCUCAUCAAACCUAAACCCGGCCCUGCCUGAGGCAGACCCCCCCCCAAAUGCCGACACACACACCUCUCCCCACCAGGGAAGAAGGGGUGAGGGAAGAACUACAUCAGGAGCAAGCGGGGGGGAGAUCUACAUCUGGAUCUGCUCCCCCACUGGAUCUUGCAGCCUGAGGCAGUUGCCUCACCUUGUCUCCUUUUUUAAUUUUUUUUAUUUGCAUUUUUAAUACAGUGGUGCCUCGCAAGACGAAAAGAAUCCGUUCUGUGAGUCUCUUCGUCUAGCGGUUUUUUCGUCUUGCGAAGCAAGCCCAUUGACGGAUUAGCGGAUUAGCGCUAUUAGCGGCUUUUAGCGGCUUUUAGCAGCUUAUCAGCUUAUCGGAUAAGCAGAUAAGCGGCUUAACGGCUUAGAAAAAGGGGGGGGAAAGGGAAAAAAACCCGCAGGAACUCGCAAGACAUUUUCGUCUUGCGAAGCAAGCCCAUAGGAGCUUCGUUUUGCGAAGCACCUCCAAAACGGAAAACUCUUUCGUCUAGCGAGUUUUCCGUCUUGCGAGGCAUUCGUCUUGCGGGGCACCACUGUACAGAGACAGAAAAGAAAAACAGCACACCCCACAUUCCCUCCCCUCCACUUUAAGUACAACUUUCAUACCAAUCUGGACUUACAGCUCAAUACCUGGUGACUUCACUUCCACCCUUUUCCUGGUUUCUUUAUUUUUCCUAUUAAAUCGCAUAUUCCAAAUUUCUAAUCUUCUAAUUCCUUCCUCCGUUGAUUUGUAUUAGCUCCUAUUCUGCGGGAUUUACUGAAGACCUGCUAGGUUAUUUACUUGUUUAUACCGGAUCCUAAAAUAUUCAAUAAACAUUUUCCAAUCCUUCUUAUCAUCCUUUUCUCUUAUCCUAUUCGUUAUACCUGCCAAUUCAGCAUAUUCAAGCAUUUUAAACUGCCACUCUUCCUUAGUGGGUACCAUAUUUGUUCUCCACCUUUGUUCUAAUAAGGUUUGUGCUAAUAAGGUUCUAGCCACAGUGUUGGCGUAUAAUAAUAAAUUCUUUUGUUUCUUAGGGACUUCGGUUGUUACCAUUCCCAAAAAGAAUGCCUCCAACUUUUGGGGGAAGAUUUUUUUGAAUAUAUUUUUUAAUUCAUUGUAAAUUACUUACCAGAUUUCCCUGAUUACAGGACCACCACAUGUGGAAAAAGGAUCCCUCUACUUCAUCCCCUCCCCACCCCAACACCUGUGAGAAACCCACAGAAGCAAACACAGUGGCCCUCUGCCCCACUCACCGAUUCCCAGCAACAGAUAUUCAGUGUUUAGCUGUUGUGGCAAUCCCCUUUGGCAGUCCUCAGUCAUUGCUAAUUACAGGGGGUUUUUUCCCCAGCUGGAACUCACCAGAACUAAGUUCUGGCACCUCUCAGGUGGGCACCAUUGCUGUUGUAAGAGAACAAGGGAAGCGUUUGUGGUGAGUUCCAGCGUCUCUUUUUUCUAGAAAAGUAGGACCGGCUAUAUCUUGUAGGAACAAAUGCCAUAGUUCAGCAGUGUUCCCUGUGUGGGAAAGGUACUAUAAAGCCUUUACCAUCUUGGGAUCUGUUUAGCUGACUACGAGAUCUCCUCACCCCAUAUGUGCCCACUCAACCACUUCCAUCGACAGAAUUGGCACUUUUACAGGUGCCACAUAAUACCCGCACUGCAUCUGUAAGAACUCUGUCGUUUAGUGUGGCGGCACCAACAUCUUUGAAUUCCCUGCCUAUUGAUAUCAGGCAGGUGUCUUCGCUAUAUUACUUUCGGUGCCUGCUGAAGAUGUUUCUUAUUUAGGCAAGCCUACUCAGAUGUUUGGGACGCAGGUGGCGCUGUGGUCUAAACCACUGAGCCUCUUGGGCUUGCCGAUCAGAAGGUCGGCGGUUCAAAUCCCCGCAACGGCGGGAAGGUAAAAUGCCGUUUCCGUGCGCUGCUCUGGUUCGCCAGAAGCAGCUUAGUCUUGCUGGCCACAUGACCCGGAAGCUGUCUGCGGACAAACGCCGGCUCCCUCAGCCUAUAGAGCGAGAUGAGCGCACAACCCCAGAGUCGUCCACGACUGGACCUAACGGUCAGGGGUACCUUUACUCAGAUGUUUAGAAAGUUUUUAGGAGUUUUAAUUUGUUUUGGUCUAUUCUAUUGUAGUUUUAACUUCCUCGGUGUUUUAAAUUAUGGUCUUGUUUUUCUUGUACAAGCUGCUUUGAGGUUUUUUCUGCAAUCAAGCAGUAUAUAAUUUUAAUGAAAAAAAUAAUUUUUGAUUGUCCUGAAUAUUCCAACAUUCACUGAGUGGCCUCAGAUUCUGCUAUUAUGAGAGACAGAGAGAAAUCAAUCAAUCAAUCAGUCUCCCUAUCCACUUCCUCCGCACCAUGUGUAAUCUUAUAUACCUCUAUCAUGCCCCAAAUAUAGCAUUUCCUCAUGGGGGAAUUUCUUGUUUGGAGUCCCUUUCUGAAGGAAAGAAGACUGGUGUGUCUGGACUAUCUUGAGGGGGCAUGAGCUCUGCUUCCACUUCCACUAUCACCACUUUCUUUGCUGAAUGGCAAACAUUGUAUGUGACCUUUUUGUCCAUCCCGAGACCGGGCACUUAGUUUAUUAGAUCACCUUAACCAAAAUAUGAUGAUACUUAGCAUUUGUAUAGUCCUUGCCAGUGUUUUAAAAACACUUUACAUCCUUGAAGUUCACAUGUACUAUCAUCCUUAUACCAACACUGCAAGGUAAGUCGUCAUUAUUAUACCUCUGCUACAGCAGAGGGGGAACUGAGACAGAGAUAAGAGUGGCUUGCCUAAGGUCACCUGGUGAGUUCUUGGCAGAGGCAAAAUUCAUACCAGAGGCUUCACAAUUCAUAACCAUUAUUCAACGUUUGGAUUUGGUCUCCCCUUACAUCUUUUAAGAAAGGCUUUUUUAUUUAUUUAAGAAAGCUGUUCACCCAGGAGAGGGGGCAGAAGGAGUUGCAGGUGGAUUUGGAAAACAUAGGAAGCUUCCUUACACAAGGUCAGACUUUUGUGCAUCUAGCUCAGCAGUUUCCCGGGGUCUUUGGCAAAGAUCUUUCCUGUCAGCUGCUAUUUGAUCCCUCUUUUAAAGGUAAUGUGGAGUAUUGAAACUGGGACUUUCUGCCUACAUAGCAUGCCCUGGAUUAAUGAGCUACAGUCUCUAUCCAUGCUCCCUAGCGGUCACAUCUCCUAUAGCCAGGCUAGCAAAGAGACUUCUUUCUGAGAUCCUGGAAAGCUGCUGCAAUUCAGAGGAAACCAGUGAAUCACUGGUCUGUCAUGGCAUCUCAUGGCGGUUGUCUCUCCUGGCCCUAUUCCAAAAAGUGGGGUAAUCCAAUUGAGAAAUAGCUUUGCUUACAAGGCUGACUCUGAACUUGUGAGCUGAGCAGGCUGAGAGUCAUCAGCAUUGUCCCAAUUAGGGUUUGCAGCAUUCCAUGCGCAGGUCUUUUUAAGGCAUGUAUAUGUCAUACAGACUUUCCAUGAUUAUUGAAGGAAUUAAUAACAUGCACCUAGCAAUCAUGUCUGUCAAAAAGAGCUGCCUUUGCAGACUAAGCUGUCAACCCCAAAAUCUUGGGUUCAAAGUUUGCCUCUUCCACAGAAUAUGUUAAUAUUGAUCUACUGAGAUAACAUAAUAUAAGUGCUUUGAACACUUAAAGUAUUGAGUGCUAAUAGUUCCAAGCCUUACUAUUUACCAGACAGUGCUACAAGCUAUUUUUUUAAAAAAGUUAUUAUUAUUUAUUGCUAUAUUUAUAUAGCUACCCAUCAGCACAUGUUCCUGGUACCAUUUACAGGGCACAGAGUAAACUGCAAUAUUAAAACACAAGAUAAUAAUUUAAAGCAUUAAUAAAAUGUAACAUAAAAUGUUCAUUUUUUGGCAGAGACCUCCCGCCAAAAUGCAGUCAUUUAGCAGACCAAUAAGAUAAAACACAGAGUGUACAAUAAGAGCCCAAAUUGAGAGCUGUGUGCAAUCAUACCUUGGGUUACAGACGCUUCAGGUUGCAUUUUUUCGGGUUGCGGACCGCUAAAACCCGGAAGUACCGGAACAGGUUACUUCCGGGUUUUGGGGCUCGCGGAAGCACUAAAUUGUGCUUUGCGCAUGCGCAGAUGUGCCGAAUCACAACCCCACAUGCACAGAUGCGCUGCUGCGGAUUGCAGACACUGCGGGUUGUGAACGUGCAUCCCACACGAAUCAUGUUCGCAACCCGAGCUUCCACUGUAUACUUAGACACUUGGAAGACGGCUGAACUGCUUGCUAUUUUCUGACAGAACAUUGCUAGUGAUUGAAGUUGCCUCCCAGUCACCUCUCAGCUUCCCCCUGCCCUCCAAACAAACAUUUGAAGGGGCACUGUGGCUGACCAUCCGCAUGAGUGUGUUACUGCUCUGGUUUUCACAUUUCCUACCUUCUGGGAGGCCUUUCAACAACUAUCUCCCUGAUAAGGAAUAUUGUACACAACUUGCAUAUUUGCCAUGGAACCUCUGUGUCUUGCAGAGGGUUUGGGGAGUUAUCUUAGGGUUCACAUAUAACAGCUGAGCUUAUGGACUCACACAAAUUGAGAAUAUGCCCUAGAAUACUCCCAAUAUGCACUUUAUUGCACAUUGCAGGUGGUAGAAACGGGGAGGGAAGCUGUCUUGCAGAAAAGCUUGACAACCAUUAUUGAUUUUCAGAUUGAGGAGGCUCUGGUAAGCUUCCAAGGAAUUCCAGGGCUCCUGGGUACAUUGCCUGAAAAUCUGUACUCUUUUGCUUCAUUCUGAAAGAUUGGGGCAUUUUUGCUUAUGCUAGUGAUUUAACAAUACACUGUUAAUCACACACUUUGACACGUUAAUAUUUAUUGAUUUUGUAAUGGAGUGAGCAAAGAACAUUAAUGUAAAUCUUCUUAUAUAUUAUAACAGAGGUCGUCAAACUAAGGCCUGCGGGCUGGAUUCGGCCCACCGGGCUCGUUAAUCCGGCCCGCGAACCUUGUGGACCCUGCCACCCGCUCAAUAAGUCCCUGUGCUAAACAGGCACAGCACAGAGGCCUCACCGCACGGAGACUGACUUAUGUGAUGUGGCAUGACUUUUGAUUGGCUGCAGGAAGCUCCUGCAGCCAAUCAGAAGCCACAGAUGCCUCUGGGCGCCGCCCCUUCCUUCCUGCUGAGGCGGCCAAGCAGGAGGAAGCGGUGGCGCCCAGAGGCUGCCCAGGCCAGCAGCAUCUAGGUACUGCCCCUUCCUUCCCACUAAGGUGGCCAAGCGGAAGUAAGCGGCAUCGGCGUGGAAGCUGCCUCCACCGCCCAGGCCAACAGCAUGGGCUCCGUGCCCUGCCGAGACAGAGGACACCAACACUGCUGAAGACAAGGCGUGAGUGGCAUAGGCAGGGGGCCUUUGGGGAGGGGAGGUGCUUUCAGGCGGCGGUGGGUCCGGCCCCCCACAAGAUCUGAGGGACAGUGGAUUGGCCCCCUCCUGAAAAAGUUUGCCAACCCCUGUAUUAUAACCUUAAAAGGGCAAUUAAAAUGCAGUGUUCCCUUGUGUUAUACAGAGAAGGCAGGGAUACUGUCCUGUUUAAGCAGGAGCCAGCGAAAGUGAGCACCUGUGGGGUUUUAAUACUUCCUUAACUGAUAGGCUUUCUGCCUUCUGGGGUCUAAAGUUUGCAUUUGUGUGAGCACUUCAGGAAUGGAACAACCUGCUGACACAAAUGCAUAGAGCUUACCAGAGUUUGCAUCAGUUUUUGGGAGCUCAUCUGAAAAACAAACUGAAGGUUGAAAAUUGUCUUUUCCUCAUUUCAAAAGCAGACAUUGUGUAAGUAAGUUUGCCAUUUCACUUAUUUGUUGAAUAAGUAAAAUGCAUUAAAAAUGAUUGGCAGAAAAUUUCUAAGAAAAAUUGAGACUGAAAUUAGAUCUAUCCCAUGGGAAUAGAUUUUUUUGAGUGAAGAUGUGGAGAUGGAAGAGUUAUUACAUGUAAUUUUUUGCUUAAGUGUAAUUGACUAAGGCAAAGCAUUUGGCAUCGUAAUAAUGGCAUGUAGAUGAGUGGAAUAGAAUUCUCAAAGCAUACUAUGAAACCCUGUUUUUUAAGCGUUGAGGAAAAAGUAACAAUGAUACACCUAGCCACAGAGCUAGGCAGAAAUGUAAUUAAUAUAUCUAAAGCAGAUACUCAUUUCCCAAGUCAAGUUCCAGGAAUAAUGGUUUACUCAGCAAGUUAAAACAGUGAUUGGCUUUAGUUCGAUGCAUUGUAUGGUGUGUUUGUUCCAGAAGUGAUAUUUGAGAUGCAAUCAAGCAAAUGGAGGAGUAUUGCAGUGAAAAGGGAUAUUGCUGUAUUGGGAUUUAAGGAAAUUGGAGAAUUGUGGAGAAAUUGCUGAAAAUUCAAGGCUGUGAAAGGAUAUGCUUACACACUGGGACUUGUGGCUUCCUUUUGAAGGCUACAACAGCACUUUGGAAGUAAGCCCCAUGAAAAUUGUGGGACUUAACUUCCAAGUCUGUUCCAUUCUGGCUUCAUGCCUGACCAUGGCACUGAAACCACCUUGGUUGAAGACAUUUGUCAGGAGAGAGAUAGAGGAGUAUGAACCUGCUCAUUCUCCUUGAUCCCUUGCAGCUUUUAAUAUUGUUGAUCAUGGUGUCCUUCUGGAGCAUCUCUAGGAUAUGGAGAUGGGGGGCACUGUGGUUCAACAGUUCCUCUUCUGUCUCCAGACCUGUUUCCAAAAAGUAGCUUGGGAAACCACUGUUCAGCAUCGUGAGAGCUGUUCUGUGGGGUCCCGCAGGGUUCCACCUUGUUCCCCAUGCUAUUUAACAUCUAUAGGAAGCCUUUGGGAGCUGCCAUUGGAAUGAAGUGUCAUCAAUAUUUGGAUGACACCCAACUCUACCUCUCUGUUCCAUCUGAAUCUGGAGAGGCAGAUGCAGUGUUAGAGUGGUGCUUGCACGCAGAUGUGUUGGAUAGGGGCCAAGAAAUUGAAGCUGAAUUCUGAAAAGACAGAGAUGAUAUGUGUCCCCAGUUUUCAUGUACAGGAGGUGGGGAGACAACCUUCCUGGAUGGCACUGCACUCCCCUGGAAGGAGCAGGUCCACACCUUGGGGGUGCUGUCACUAGAGGCUCAGGUGGCCUCGGUGGCUAGGCAUGCCUUUUCCCAGCUACAGCACCUGUUGGACGCAAAUAAUGCAAACACUGUAUUCUGGUAACUUCCAGGUUGAAAUAGUGCAAUGCCCUCUACGUGGGGCUGCUCUUUAAGCUGACUUGGAAACCUCAACUGGUCCAAAACACAGUAGCCAGAUUACUGACUAGGGUUCCAUGUAGAUCACAUUAAGCGCUGUUUUAAAACAGCUGCAUUUGUUGCAAGUUCGUUUUCUGAGCCCAGUUCAAGGUGGGCAAAGUAGUGUUUAAAGCCCCUAACAACUUAGGCUUGAAAUAUUUGAAAGACCAUCUCCUUCCCUACAGAACUUCUCUGGUGCUAAGAAUGGCAGAGGAGUCUCUCUUGGUGGUUCUGUUGCCCUCAGAACCUCAAAGGGGUGGCCAAGGAGAGGGCAUUCAUUCUCUAUGGCAGGCAUAGGCAACCUUUGGCCCUCCAGAUGUUUUGGCCUACAACUCCCAUGAUCCCUAGCCAACAGGACCUGUGGUCAGGGAUGAUGGGAAUUGUAGUCCAAAACAUCUGGAGGGCCGAAGGUUGCCUAUGCCUGCUCUAUGGCAGCCCCUAAAUUGCAAAACUUCCUCCCCACCUAGGAGGGUCUGGCAACUUUAUUAAACAGCUUUGAGCGAAUGCUGAAAGCACACCUCUUUACCCUGGCCUUUGACACCUGAGAUGUAUCUUUUCAAAACCCACCCUUUUUGUGAGUACAUAUAUUAAUUUUAAGUUUUAAAACUGUUUUUAAUGUACUUUAAAUUGUUGUGGCCCACUCUGGGACCUUACAGUGAAGAGCAGCAGAAUGAUAAUGCACAUAUAGGAGUGAGCUGUUUAAGUGCUAAAUGAUGCCCAGAGUAGUGUCAGAUCAAAAAGAUGGGGGGAAGGCUAAGGAACCUUUGCCCUUGAUGACAAACAUGUUUGUAAACUGGCUUGGCUUGAGCAAGCUUCUCUGUAAAUGCCAUGCCUAAUUGCUUCAGGAAGGCCUCUGACUUUGAUUUUGGAAUGAGGUUUGUUUUUCGGUAAUAAAGCUCUGUUGGGCCUACCAGGUGGAUGCUAAAUAUUAAAUCGAUGUAUUCAUAUACAGUAUUCUUAGAUUUAAAAAUACAUGUGUUUGAAAAACUUGAAUCCUAUUUUGUGUGUUUGCACAUAAAAAUAAUGCUUGACCUAUGCAAUAUUUAUAAAACUAGCUACCAAAGAUUAAAGCAUACAUGGUCUUUUAUCUUCUAGACUCCUCCAGGCUGUUUUGAAGUUUCUGGAUAAAAAGAAGCUGCAAGUUGCACUUUAAAUUAUAAACAGAAAAGAUCCUUCACACUCCUGAAAAUGGCAGACCUUCAAAAUUGUGACUUUUGCUCUCUUAAUCCACUUGAACUGUUUGAACAAGUGACUGCACAAGGAGAAAAAGUCAGAUCGCUAAAAGCUGAGAAAGCACCAAAGGUAAAAUUGUAGUUCAUUAACUGAACUCUUAGCAAUAUUAGUUUUCCAGUUAGAAUUUUAUUUUAGUAGAAUCUAGUUAUGCAAUUUUCUCAUUCGUGUGUGUGUGUGUGUGUGUGUGUGUGUGUAGCAUUUUAAUAAAACUGAAUUUCUACAUCUACAAGCUCCUUUAAAAGGGGGUGGGUGUUGUUGUUUUUUGAAAAAAGGUAGCUAUCUCACAAAAACAGUAAUUUCUAAGUUCCUCGGUUGGGAAUUUUAAUAUAUAAGGGAUUGAUCUAGAAUGUCCCUUCCAGAAGCAGAAGAGCUCCUUCUGGUUGGUGAAAGGAUUGAGAUCCAGUGGGCAUGCCUACUGGAGGAAAACGGGGAGAGGCUUUUUGCCUCAGUUUCCCCCUUCUGCCUCCUGCAUUACCCCCAUACUGUUCUAGGGGGUCCUUCAACCCUCUGGAACACUUUUCAGACUGCAAGGGGAAGGUGGGCUUGGCAAAAAUAUAUUCUCUUCCCACCUACUCUUUUCGCCAGCGGGAGUGUCCUGUGUCUGAGUACAAAAUCACUUAAAAUUGCCUUCUGAAUCCGACAAAGGGUCUCUCUAGUCCGGAAUCUUACUUUCUAAGGUGCUUAUCCAGAUAUAUUGGAAUACAGUGCAGCAGUCAUGCCAUGCUGUUUCCACCCCAGCCCUACAUGUCCAACAGUAAGAGCUCUGAAUCAGGAUGUUUCAUUUGACUCCUCAUGCCUAAUGUCCAUUAAUAAGCCCACCUUCUACGAACAUGCCUGGUUUUUUGUUUUGUUUUUUAAUAAAACCUAUUGUUUGAGGCCCAUGUUUUGGUAAUGUAUUUGAUAGGUUAAUUAGUUACCUGAUUGUACUUUCAGGGCAUUUUAGAUUAGUGAUAGGUUAGAGGCAUGGGUAAGAAUGCAGUUGAGUGUUGAACAAAGGGCUAAGCCAAUGGGAAACAGUGGAAAAGUUGAGUUUUCAGGUGGGAUUUGAUCACAGCAGAUAGGGGUGGUUAGGGUAAGUCUGUAAAGGAAAUAUUAGCUUCUCUGCACAUUUAAGAACUUUUUCAAGUCCUACAGAGCCCCUACAAGGUAAGUAAAUAUUUGUAUUAGUUUUGCAAGUGGAAAAGUGAAAUGGAGACCUUGAGUGACGUUGCUCAAGGUUAGACAAGCAGGUCAUUUGGUUUGUUUACGUGGAGUUUGGAGAGCCAGCUGCUUCAUCUCUGCCCCAUCCACUUUCGUCUUCAACCUGUUAUUAAUUCUCUCAUUCAUAUAUAUAUGUAUGUAUGUAUAUACACACAAAACACACACACACACAAACACACAUAUGACUUCAUGCAUAUAGAACAUUUCCUAUUCUGUAUAAUGUAGCUGCAAGGCCACAGCUUUCUGCAUUUUAUUAACCUGAACACUGCCUUGUGUGUGUUUUCUUCUUUCACCCCAGGAUGAAAUUGAUACAGCAGUUAAGUUGUUACUGUCAUUAAAACUGAGCUAUAAAACAGCGACAGGUGAGGAAUAUAAACCAGGUUCCCCUCCAGCAGACUUCACUCCAGUCAGUAAUGGUCCAGGAGACACAGAAGAUAAUGAUUUUGUAGACCCUUGGACGGUACAGACAUCCAAUGCAAAAGGAGUGGAUUAUGAUAAACUUAUAGGUACGUGGUGUUCUAUCCAUUUUUAAAGAUUUUUAAAAUCUAUAAUAUAACAUGCUCUGUCUCUUGCAUUUUUGUCAUGAAGUGCUCAGAUUAACCAAGUUUUCCAUUGUGCUCAAGCGGCCCUUUCCAUUUCCAGUUUUCGAGAGGCAGUUUUGCCUAACACCAUUUGUCUUCAAACCCUUCUUGUGGGUUUCCUGGAGGUUUCUCACAAGCCACGGUCGGAAGCAGAAGGCUGGACUAGAUAUUCCCCAGACUUGAUCUAUCUGGUCUUAUGUUCAGCAUUGCCUUAAAAGUCUGUCUUAAGGAAGGAAUGACAUAAUGAGAAAUUUCAGAGGGUGAUUUGUGCUUCUAGGGCAGCAGUCAAAAGCACACUAGGGAAUAUGAACCAUUGAAUCUGAUGGGACUUACCGUAUUUUUCGCUCUAUAGGACGCACUUUUUCCCCUCCAAAAAUGAAGGGGAAAUGUGUGUGCGUCCUAUGGGGCAAAUGCAGGCUUUCACUGAAGCCUGGAGAGCGAGAGGGGUCGGUGCGCACCGACCCUCUCGCUCUCCAGGCUUCAGGAGAGCCCCAGCGCCAGCCCCACAAGGUCGGGGGACAGAGGGAGGCGGAACGCCGCCAUCCCGCUAUCUCCCGAAGUGGUUUGGAGGCUGACGGCGGGGAGACCCCGCCGCCAGCCCCGCAAGCUCCGGGGACAGCUGGGAGACGCAGCGCUUCUUCCUGCUGUCCCCGGACCUGAUCUGAAGGCCGGCGGCGGGGAGAAGAGCGCUUCUCCCCGCUGCCUGCCCCACAAGCUCUGGGGACAGCUGGGAGGCGCAGCGCGUCUUCCCGCUGUCCCCGGACCUGGUCUGAAGGCCGGCGGCGGGGAGAAGAGCGCUUCUCCCCGCUGCCUGCCCCGCAAGCUCCGGGGACAGCUGGGAGGCGCAGCGCGUCUUCCUGCUGUCCCCGGACCUGAUCUGAAGGCGGGCGGUGGGGAGAAGAGCGCUUCUCCCCGCUGCCUGCCCCGCAAGCUCCAGGGACAGCUGGGAGGCGCAGCGCGUCUUCCUGCUGUCCCCGGACCUGAUCUGAAGGCGGGCGGCGGGGAGAAGAGCGCUUCUCCCCGCUGCCUGCCCCGCAAGCUCCGGGGACAGCUGGGAGGCGCAGCGCGUCUUCCCGCUGUCCCCGGACCUGGUCUGAAGGCGGGUGGUGGGGAGAAGAGCGCUUCUCCCCGCUGCCUGCCCCGCAAGCUCCGGGGACAGCUGGGAGACGCAGCGCGUCUUCCCGCUGUCCCCGGACCUGGUCUGAAGGCGGACUGCGGGGAGAAGAGCGCUUCUCCCCGCUGCCGGCCCCACAAGUGCCUGGGGGGGGGGGAAAUAAAAAAUUUUUUCUUUAUUUCCCCCCCAAAAAAACUUGAUGCGUCCUAUGGGCCGGUGCAUCCUAUGGGGCAAAAAAUACGGUAUCUCUGAAUAAACUUUCUAAAGGUUGCACUAUAACUCUGAUGGCUUACUGAGAAUGAAGUAGCUCAGUUUGAAAAGGGAGUCUGAUUUAAAGAAGAGUGUAGAUAUAGUUUUGUACAUUUUUGUAGACAUUUAAGGGUAAUGGUAAGCCAAAAUAUUUAACAAUUCCCUUGUCUUUAUUUGGAGUGGUGAGAUAAUGUUGCUAUGCUGUAUUGCUAAUUCAAUGGUGAGUUAAAUAGCAGCAUAUCACCACUGAACGUGUCUAUAAUUUUAUAUUGUAUUUUUACCUAUACUGUACUAUGAGAAUAUGCUCUAAGUCACUUGAAGACCUUUUUGUGCAACAAGCAACUAAUUAAUAAUAAUAAUAAUAAUAAAUAAUAAUAAUAAUAUCUAUUGCCCAUUUUGGUUGUCUUCAGUUCGAUUUGGCAGCAGCAAAAUUGAUAAAGACCUCAUCAACCGGAUAGAAAGAGUUACUGGGCAUAAACCACACCACUUCCUAUGCAGAGGAAUCUUCUUUUCUCACAGGUAAGUAGGUUUAAUUGCUGGUUUGUCAGCCUCUUUCAGACUUUGUACAGAUGUAUUUCACAUACCUCUCUGCCAGAGAAAGCAAAAGCCAACUUUCUUGUGGGGUGAAUGAAUCAUAGAAUCAUAGAGUUGGAAGAGACCACAAGGGCCAUCGAGUCCAACCCCCUGCCAAGCAGGAAACACCAUCAGAGCACUCCUGACAUAUGGUUGUCAAGCCUCUGCUUAAAGACCUCCAAAGAAGGAGACUCCACCACACUCCUUGGCAGCAAAUUCCACCGUCAAACAGCUCUUACUGUCAGGAAGUUCUUCCUAAUGUUUAGGUGGAAUCUUCUUUCUUGUAGUUUGGAUCCAUUGCUCCGUGUCCGCUUCUCUGGAGCAGCAGAAAACAACCUUUCUCCCUCCUCUAUGUGACAUCCUUUUAUAUAUUUGAACAUGGCUAUCAUAUCACCCCUUAACCUCCUCUUCUCCAGGCUAAACAUGCCCAGCUCCCUUAGCCGUUCCUCAUAAGGCAUCGUUUCCAGGCCUUUGACCAUUUUGGUUGCCCUCCUCUGGACACGUUCCAGUUUGUCAGUGUCCUUCUUGAACUGUGGUGCCCAGAACUGGACACAGUACUCCAGGUGAGGUCUGACCAGAGCAGAAUACAGUGGCACUAUUACUUCCCUUGAUCUAGAUGCUAUACUCCUAUUGAUGCAGCCCAGAAUUGCAUUGGCUUUUUUAGCUGCCGCGUCACACUGUUGGCUCAUGUCAAGUUUGUGGUCAACCAAGACUCCUAGAUCCUUGGUAAAGGAGUCUUGCAUAAUUCUUUAAAUUGCAUAGCUGGGGUGUAUUUCCACUGCAUGCAAGCCCCAGUUGCACUAUUUAAAUUAUAAUAUCUUCCUUAAAACACAAAUUGCAGUCACAAAAAGGACAUGUUGCCUUCUUUGGCACUUCUCGUGCUUUUUUCAUUUUUUCAAGCUCUUCUUUAAAAAAGUCAAACUCUGUAUCUUUACUUUUCUCCAGAGAUAUGAACCAAAUUCUUGAUGCCUAUGAAAAUAAGAAGCCAUUCUACCUAUACACCGGCCGAGGUCCCUCAGCGGAGGCAAUGCAUGUUGGUCACCUUAUCCCAUUUACUUUCACAAAGUAAGUAACUCUGAAAGUAUAUAACAUUUCAUGUUAUAUAUUUGCUAUUCGUUCAAGACAACGUACACAGCGCUAGACAGUCAGAACCUGUGAUUCAGAGAAUUGGCACUCAAAUCCAUGAAUGGAAGGAAAUUUAUGGAUGAGUUCUACUUUCCCCUUUUGCCUAUUCAAAUGAACUUGGUGAUUGGGGGGGGUCCUCUUGAAGACCAUGGAAUGAGGCACGGGGGUGGCAUUCAGGGGGAGCUUGCAAAAAAGAAAAAAACACACAAUCCAGCAGAGGCACCUUUUGUAAGCAGAAAUAGGGCUGCAAUUGCUACUGUAACUCAUGAAUAGGCUGGGCAAUGAAACAGCUGCCAAAUGUGAAUCCCUUCCUUUCUCUCUGAUUCUCAACUUUGACACCUCUGUUUUCUUCGCUCCAGCCCCCACUUGCCCUAUGCAGCAUGGCCAAUGGCCAGGGAUUACGUGAGAUGCACUCCAACAAUGCCUGGAGGACCACAUCUGUGCCCUCCCCCAAACAGCACACCCCUUUAGGACACUGGGCGACUUUGGGCAGAAUUUCAUUAUCCUAUUAUUUGAGUUCAUGGCUGUGGCUUCUGUGUACAUGGGAAACAAGUUACCUCUGCUCAGCUAGGAGAGAUCAUUCUCUACAACAGCAUUGGAUAACGUCUGGCCCGUGGUCCCUGAGGCUGUUUUGGCCAAGCCACACCCACCUGCCCUACAACCGAUGCCAUAUAUGAUGUCAGGUGUGGGGCUGGGAAAGAUGUGGUUGAGCAAAAGGGUAUUAGCAGGCACCGCUGAUCCGUAGCGCCUGCAAAGCCCUUUGCACGGUACUUUGCAAGCACUGACAACCAGUUGAUCAUCAAGGCACGCAAACCACAUGGGGAAACGUUUGAUACCAUUGUUAUGUCAGGUAAUUGGCAGGUGGGUGCACACACCUGUCAGACUUGCCCUUCCAGGGGUAGGGAGGUUAAAAAUCUGACCACCUGGCCAGAUCCAUCUCCCCACACUUGUCUGUAACAUUGUUCUCUGUCUUAUCUGCCACAAAGAUAAGCAGCUUGAAUUAGGUGACAGACGUCACCGUAAUAAAUGUACAAAUGUGGAUGAGCAGAAGAACCAAGGUAACAACACAGAGAAAUGUAAAUGAUUCUGCAGUUCCACUCUGCAGCAGCCGAAAGAACAAAGGGCUGCCCAGGGAAUUCUGCUUCUGCUUUUUGAUUGUAAGCUGAGAGGAAAAGAGGGAGUUUGAAGACUUUUUUAAUAUACACAGAACAGAAACUGGAUUCUCCUGCUGAUACAAGAAAAUAACAGAAAACACAUAAUGGGACAAGUAACGUAACCACAUUAAUCUUUGAUACGAUUCAAUGGCCAGCAAAACUUUACACGGAUAAAAAAAAACUGACUGACAUCAAAGAUGGGCUCAUACAAGUGGCUUGCAGUAGCUCAAUGGAUUUUUUUAUUUUAUUUUGUGCAGGACUCCGUCAUUACAGUGCCUUUUAUGUGGGGCUACUGUUGGGCCUAGUCUGGUGCAAAAUGCUGUGGCUAGGCUAUUGAUGGAGGGACAGAUUAUGGCCAGCACGUAACUCUAGGUGUUCAAAUACUUGCACUGGCUGCCAGGUUCAAAGUUAUUUUUAUUCAUUUACAACACCCUUAAAAACUUGGAUCUAGGAUACCUCAGGGACUGCCUGAUCCCUUAUUUCACCACUUGAUCAAUAAAGUUGUUGGGGGGAGUCUCUGUUAGUGGUCCCCCACGACUCAGAUAUGUAGCUUGUACCACAAGGAGCUUAGUAUUGUGGUCCCAGUUUUUGUGAAACUCAUCCUGUGGAACUUUCAGCACUUACUAAAGACAUUUUUAAUUCUAGGACACUUAUUAAUUUUACAGCAUCAACACAUUGUUAGUCUUAUUGUAUUGGGUCUCCCAUACACCACUGUGAUUAAGCAGCGUACAAAUGGUUGAAGUAAAAUGAACAGAUAUACCUGUCCCUCAUGCCAUAUCAUGAUCUGCUUUUGAAAUCUCUUUGUUUCCCAAGCAGUUUGCUAGAAAGCACCACUCUGAAGUCCCCUCCUGCUUGUGGAACUAACUGCAUGUUUCUUUGAAUUCUUUCGAUUUAUCUAAGUAUGAAUGCAGAUUUAAAAUAUUUUUCUUGCUGUUUGCACAACCAAGAUGUCGUCAAAGUAGCAGUGAAAGGAAAUGCACUUUACCCAUUUCUGUGAUUACAUGACAUAAUUGCAGCAUUUAGUAUCCAGAUAAUUUGGCAGGCUUGAUCCAGUCUGGAAGAGCUACUCUGCCUGCAAAUUUCAUCCACUUCUGUCAAAUGGGGGAAAAUUAUAGCUUUUUUCCAACAGGGAAUAGAAGAAAAGCCUCUUUUCCCCAGCAUGGAUUUGAUCUUGUCUGAAGCACUUCAGAUUGAGGCUGGUUGUUUUCCAAAGUGCCAAAUUGAGGUCCAAAUCAAAUAUUGUGGACAAUGCAUACCCAUAGUGUGCAUAACCACAUCUUUAAAAUAAAUUGAUUUAAGAGAGUCUUUGCAGCUGAGAAAACGAUUCUGUAAACUCUGUCAAAGGAAUCUGUGAAUAAAUUUAAUUUCAACCCAGAUUGCACUAUUGUAUAAAGAUUACCAUGUUGGCUAAUGAUUUAACUAGAACCCACCCUAAAGCUAAAUCUGUUUCAUUUUUUUUAACCAGGUGGUUACAGGAAGUAUUUAAUGUUCCCCUAGUCAUACAGAUAACUGAUGAUGAGAAGUACCUGUGGAAGGAUAUGACACUUGAGAAGGCUUAUCAGUGUGCUAUAGAAAACAUCAAGGACAUUAUAGCCUGCGGAUUUGACAUAAAUAAAACCUUCAUCUUUUCUGAUCUGGAAUAUUUGGGGUACAUUUCUAAGUAUUCUUUGAAACUUUGCAUGAUCAAAAGUCUUCUGUUGUUUUCUGUGAUCUCAAACUUUCUAUCAAAUUUACCUGGGGUGGCAGGGGGAGAUGAACCAUUUUGCCCAAGAUAACGAUGCAGUACAUGGCAAGGCAUGACAAAUAAUAAUAAUAAUAAUAAUAAUAAAUAAUAAUAAUAAUAACUGUACCCCACCCAUCUGACUGGGUUGCCCCAGACACUCUGGGCGGCUUCUAGCAUAUAUGAAAGCAUAAUAAAGCAUUAAACAUUAAAAAACUUCCCUAUACAGGGCUGCCUUCAGAUGUAAAAUAAGCUUUGUUCAGUAAGAAGAAACGGAAUAUUACUGAAAAGUAAUGCUCCUACUAAAGAAGGAAAUAGCAAUGCCUAUUUGAUCACUUCUAUCUGCGGAACUUGCACUUUUAGAAAUGACGUAUAAUGUUCAAUUUGCAAGGAGUCUGUCUCGACGUGGCAGCACCUGUGCUUGGGAACUCCCUGCAUGUAGACCUUGGUAUAUUCUCAUACGCACCUACCGAAAACCUAUUUCAGCAAGCCUUCCCAGAAACAUAAUUAAACCGCCUACAUUCAUUUUAAACAUCUUACUGAUUUUAUUUGUGUUUUUACUAAUUAUUAUUAUGUAAUAAUAAUAAUAAUAAUAAUAACAAUAAUAAUAAUAAUAAAUUUAUUAUUUAUACCCCACCCAUCUGGCUGGGCUUCCCCAGCCACUCUGGGCGGCUUCCAAUAAAAUAUUAAAAUACUGUAAUACAUCAAACAUUAAAAGCUUCCCUAAACAGGGCUGCCUUCAGAUGUAGUAGUAGUAGUAGAGGGAGAUUUGAUUAAGCGGUUUUAAAAAUUUCAAUAAGUAAAUGCAUUUUUCUUUGGGUUCCAUUACACCAGUUAACCCAGUGUGUCUUUAUCACGCCCUCGAGCCUUAAGAAAGAAUCCCAGAGUGUUAGGUCAUGCAUACGGUUAUCAUAUUAAGUGCCAGUAGGGGGCGCAGUGCUUCUGCAACCCCUCGAGGUCAUUUCAGCUUCAGAUGAAAUAGGAAUUCAUCAAAAGUUGAGUUGCGCUUGAUUGUUUGGCGGGCCAGCAAGGAAGCUGCCUGUAGUUUUCCGUAGAGUUUUAAUAUUCCAGGGAUUGCAGACCUGAGGACUGUAAAAUGUAAAACUUUUGAGUCAAUCUGGCUCCACUCCUUUUUUUUUUUCCUUUUCUUUUUUAAGUACACUAGUCUGGUUGGAGAGCAUAAUCACCGCAGUCACUGCCUUUUCUUGGUUUCAUCUUAAUUGUAGCCAGGGAGAGGGACUGAAAACGAAAAAUUCUUUAUUUACAGACGCCCACUGUAAAACAGCACCUGAGAUAUGGGAACGGCCAUAGGUCAGUGGUAAAGCAGCACUAAAUCCCCAGCGUUUCCAGGUAGGGCAGGGGAAGACUGCUGCCUGAAAUCCCAUAGAACAUGGGUAGGCAAACUAAGGUCCACGGGCCGGAUCAGGCGCAAUUGCCUUUUGGAUCUGGCCCGCAGACAGUCCAGGAAUCGUCGAAUGGAUCACCAGCACACACAUUCAUUCUUUCCCUCCCUCCCUCACACGGCGGCGGCGGCGGCACCUCCUCCCUCCCUCCUCCUGGCUUUUCCCUGCCCUGCCUAGAGGAGGAAAGGGGCUGGGCUUUGUUGGUGACAGCAGCAGUAGCACUUGAGCGGCCACCAUUUUAAGCAGCCCCUUUCCGGAGCCCUUUCUCGUGCAGCUCAUCGUCCCGCCGCCGCCAGGUAAGCAGCCACUGGGGCUCGUGAUGCUCUUGCAUCAUUUUCCCCCCCAAAAUAUAAUCCGGCCCCCCACAAGGUCUGAGGGACAGUGGACCGGCCCCCUGCUGAAAAAGCUUGCCGACCCCUACUGUAGAGCUACUGCCAGAGACAAGGCUAAGCAAGACGGGCCAGUCAUCUCCAUCAUCCUCAGGCAGCUCCCUGGGUUCCUAUCAUAGAAGCAGAUGGCGUUGCACAAAUAAGCUUUACGUGUACUGCAUGUGUUGUCUCUCUCUUGGCUUGGAAGCACAUUGACUGCAAAAGUUGGUCCCUAUCAUUUACAAAUAUUCCUUUUAGGCAGCAAUUCAAAGUGACCUAGAAUAUUUUUCCAUACGUUUUUGGUCAGAGAAACAUGGUAUACUUUCUUACAUACAAACAUCUUAACCGGGAGCAGUUAGCCUAUGGCCCUCCAUAGGGUGACCAUUGCUGUGUUUAUAAUUAAAUCUUUUAAUUAUGUUCUGUUCGUUACUUGGUUUACAGUGACAAGCCUACAAAUAGCCUGGUCUGAAAGGGGCAUCCCGAGACAAUUGCAGUAAUUAUGCAUUAUUUUUACUUGGAGGGAAAACAAAAGACUGCUGAGAAAGUACUGAAUCGGAGCAAAGAUAACUUACUAUAGUUGUACCUUGGUUUUCGAACAGCUUAGUUCCUGAACGUUUUAGCUCCCGAACGCCGCAAACCCGGAAGUGACUGUUCUGGUUUGCGAACUAUUUUUGGAAGCCGAACGUCUAGCGGGGCUUCCGCAACUUUCGAUUGGCUGCAGGAGCUUCUUGCUACCAAUCAGAAGCCAUGCUUUGGUUUUCAAACGAUUUGGAAGUUGAACGGACUUCUGGAAUGGAUUCUGUUCGACUUGCAAGAUACGACUGUACUAUCUUAGUGUCAUAGUGAUCUUUGUCAACACCUUUUCGGAGGGGGAAUAAUAAAAAUAUUCCUUUGUAAAUGUUCUUUAAGUAUAAAUAAUUUGUAUCUGUAGUUCUGUAAAUAAAUAAAAAGUAGAAUAGAUUGUGGUGCUGGCCUGUGAAUAUUCUCCAGAAGACGUUAUUUUCCUUGUCUAAAUUUUUAGUUUUGACUCCCCUUCUUUCUCAGGAUGAGCCCAGGAUUCUAUAGGAACAUUGUUAAAAUCCAAAAGCAUGUGACAUUCAACCAAGUGAAAGGAAUCUUCGGUUUUACAGACAGUGACUGUAUAGGUGAGUUCCCAAUAGGAUUCUAGCAAUUCAUGAAUAGAAGCAAAAAUCCAGUGGGAGUUGUUCAGCAACUAUAUCAAAGAAUCAGGGUCACUCUCAGCCUAACCAAGGUUGUUUUGAUAAAAUGGAGGGUGGAAAACCUUGUCAAUCACCCUGAACCCCUUGAAGGAAGCACAAGAUUAAAAUUCCAUCAGUAAACAUACUGGAAAGAAUUUUGUCCUUGUUAAAUUGUGGAAUAGCUGGUGCUAGCACUCCAGUCCUAGGUGCACUUUUGUCAGUUGCCUCACAAAAUGAAGUCUAAAGCCAUUAGCUUGCUGCUGAAAGCAAACUUACAAAUGUGUGUGAUUUGUUCCCUUCCAGGGAAAAUCAGUUUUCCUGCUAUUCAAGCAGCUCCAUCCUUCAGCACAUCAUUUCCACAGAUCUUCAACAACAAGAGCAACAUUCCGUGUCUGAUCCCAUGCGCAAUUGAUCAGGUAGGGAACGCUUCUUAAAAUCUUUUAAAACACUUCCAUUAAAUCUAUUGCCUCUGGCCAAAAAGCUGUAUAAAUACCGGAGCUCGAUGAGUUCUGCGUAUCUCUUAAUUGCAUCCUAUAAUUAUAUAGCUUUGGAUCGUAAGAUAACUUAAAGAAGUCCAUGGAACGAAUGCUUCCCUUUCCUCUUGCAAGGUUCAGUAAUGCUUAAAAAAAGCACUUCUUCACACAACACAUAGUUAAACUGUGACAGUUGCUCCCACAGGCGGUCAUGAGGACCACCAAUUGGGAUGGCUUCAAAAGAGGAUUAUACAAAUUCAUGGAGAAUAGGGUUACUGAUGGCUACUAGCCAUGAUGGCUGUGCUCUGCUGCCUCUGUUGGACACAGCAAUGCUUCUGAGCACAAAGUGUUGGUGCUGACCUUUAAAGUCCUAAACAGCCUCGGUCCAGUAUACCUGAAGGAGCAUCUCCACCCCUAUCAUUCUGCCCAGACACUGAGGUCCAGCUUUGAGGGCCUUCUGGCGGUUCCCUCGCUGCAAGAAGCCAAGUUACAAGGAACCAGGCAGAGGGCCUUCUCGGUAGUGGCACCCGCCCUGUGGAAUGCCCUCCCACCAGAUGUCAAAGAGAGAAAAAACUACCAGACUUUUAGAAGACAUCUGAAGGCAGCCCUGUUUAGGGAAGCUUUUAAUAUUUAAUAGACUACAGUGGUACCUCGGGUUACAUACGCUUCAGGUUACAGACUCCCCUAACCCAGAAAUAGUACCUUGGGUUAAGAACUUUGCUUCAGGAUGAGAACAGAAAUCGUGCUCCUGCGGCGCAGUGGCAGCUGGAGGCCCCAUUAGCUAAAGUGGUGCUUCAGGUUAAGAACAGUUUCAGGUUAAGUACGGACCUCUGGAACGAAUUAAGUACUUAACCUGAGGUACCACUGUAUUGUAUUUUAAUAUUCUGUUGGAAGCCACCCAGAGUGGCUGGGAUAACCCAGCCAGAUGGGCAGGGUAUAAAUAAUAAAUUGUUGUUGUUGUUAUUUAUUAUAUCAGUUGGUGGAAACCAUUGGAGGGGAGAAUGUUCUUGUGCUCAAACCCUGCUUGCUGGUUUCCCACAGGCAAACCGUUCAGCCACUGUGAAAACAGGAGGCUGGACUAGAUGAGCCAUUGGCCUUAUCCCGGGGGCUCCUCUUACGAUUUAACAAAUAACAAGACGUCGUUCUCUGUUCCCAACAGCAACUCAUCAAUUCAGAGCUUCGCCAGGUUCAGCUUAUCUAUUGUGCCUUAGAUCCUGAAAGAGGCUUUCUCUUUGCCAUGUAGUAUUUUGCAUCACUUGAACUCACACAGCAAACAACUGUGAAUCAUUGGUUUUCCGCUUCGCACACAAGCCUGUUCCUGCUUGUUGUUUUCCAGGAUCCCUACUUCAGAAUGACGAGAGACGUGGCCCCUCGGCUCGGCUUUUCCAAGCCAGCGUUGCUGCAUUCUGUCUUCUUUCCAGCCUUGCAAGGUGCACAAACAAAAAUGAGCUCUAGUGACCCCAACUCCUCUAUUUUUCUCACUGACACACCCAAGCAAAUAAAAACAAAGGUAAGAAAACAAAAGUCGGCAGUGUAUACAAUUAUUUUUAAUCACACCUGGGUUCCAGUGCACCAUCUUACUUUUACAAACCGCUUACCAAAUUUCUUUGUUUCCUUGCACAGUUUGUAACAAAACAAAUAUUCUAACAAAUAUCUGAAGCUAAGCAAUAUUCUGAAGCUGGCUGGAUCACACACACAGUGAGCUCCUUGCACUCUCAGCUAAACUAGAUGUAAUAUUUAAUGUACUAAACAUCCUGUUUGCUCAUCUGGCACAGGUCUGGGGCUGACGUCAAAGUUCACCUAGUGGUGUCACUAUUUUUUAAAAAAAUACACAUGGUUUUAAAAGAUUGACAUCUUGUGAUGUAAAUCAAGCUACCAGAACUUGUUUUGUCCUAGGCACCAGAAAUCACUUGCUACAAGGUGGCUGUUGCUAGGCAAGCCAAGCUUAAUGCAUCAAUCUGUGUUGAAGCUGCUGUGGUUUGUAAUCUCAGACCGCCUGGCUCUGAAUGGACGAGUCAACUCUCCUCUUGAAACAUGGUUCAUUUAGUGUGUUCCAACAUGAAGUCUGCAGACCCCUGAAGGUGAUCCGGCAUGACUCUUUGCCAGGGAAGUGCACUGGGUGUGUUGCAGUGUGGUACGUGGAUAAAGAAUUAAGCACAAAACAAAGGUUUAACAAGACAAAACAAAGGUUUAACAGGACAAAACAUGAUUUCUUGGCUUUUUUCUGAAAUACCUUCAGGUUACUUCACAUGCUGUUGCCCAAAUGCCAGAUAUAUCCUCCCAGAGAAUUUAAGAGCGAACUUGCCAGUCAGUUUCAGAUUGUCAUCUCAUGACAAAUAAUUUUUUUAUCAUUCAGUUGUUUAAUAAUAGAUAGAGGUAGGAGUUUUGCUUUGGCAUUAGGUGGGGCUUCCCUUAUUUUGUGACAUGAGAAUCCAGUGUGUUGCAUGAAUCUCUUAUGCAAAGUUCCAGUUCUUAUGAGGUUUGUGUGUGUGUGUGUGCGCGUGCGCGCGCAUACACAUACCCUUUGGCAUAACGCCAUAUGCUUACUCAUUUUACUGUAUUGUAUUAAUUUAUUCCCCAGCCUUCAUUACACCCUGCAAAAAGUUUAUAUUCAACAAAUUGAAAAAAUUAAUCUCAAAAUAAAAGCCCCUAAAAACAAUUAUAUAAACCCGUGUGUGUGUGUGUGUGCGCGCGCGCACACACACACACACACACAAACUUUUAGUCAUUCUGGCCUGCCACUUAACCAUAAGUUGUCCCACAGAUGAUCAAAAAACCAUGGCUUGUUUCUCGAAUGUUUAGCUUAUUUUCCAGCUGCUUGUCCUUUGUAGUUUGGUGAGCAUCUAGGGUAGGGUGGUUAAAUAAACCAUAGUAAAGGAAGGGUACUGAGAUCACAGUUAAAUCAUAGUUAAAACACAGCAAGGUUUGUAAAGCAAAAAAGAUUUCACAUCAAGAUUUGUUGGCACUAAGCAAGCCAUGCUUAAGCUUCUGAGCAGGAGUAACACAUAACAGCCAUGGUAUAAUAAACUAGGCCAUGGUGGUAUACUAUGUCCUGGAUUAGUUGAGUGAGCUGAAUGUUGACAACCUCUACAUAGACUUGAUGACCUCUGGACUUUUCAAGCAUUAUGAUUCUUGGAGUUGCUCCAUGACAAUCCCUUCUGACUGGAUUUGCAGAAUUUCUUUAUAUAUAGUUAAAAGUAGCUCAGAUUGUAGACCAGAGCUAGCCUGCUGAAGUCCUUGGAUCUCUGUUCCAGAUCAAUAAACAUGCCUUCUCUGGUGGCAAAGACACAGUGGAAGAGCACCGGAAAUAUGGGGGUAACUGUGAUGUGGAUGUGUCCUACAUGUACCUCACCUUCUUCCUCGAAGAUGAUGACAAAUUAGAACAAAUCAAGCAGGUAAUUCUUAUCUCUCUCCCCCCCUCCCCCAGUGAGAUGCCUCACUACCCAGAUAAAAGCACAUAGGCAAUCACGAUUUUGCAAUAGCAGCUCAACAGAUUUUAUUCCCCCUUCCUGGCACUCCUUUAUAUCUUCCUCUCCUGGGUCCAAAUUGACUGGCAAGUUCUGGGUGCGGGCUUCGUUGUGUGUGUAGCUUGGUUGAAAGAAUGGAAGCCACAUAAGCACUCUGAAAACGAUGGUAGCAGAGGCAGUAGCUAUCAACUGUCUCAAAGAAUGUCUAUUAUUCCUACACAGUGGGAGAGAGCCCGUGUUAGUCAUACCCAGGCUAGACUUCACAUCUUCACCCAGCUUUGAUGGCAGACUGCACUCGCUGCAGUUGCCAGGCAAAGGCUGAGCAUCAGGAAGACCCAAUUAUGUUCUGCUCUUAUUUGAUCCUGUUUGUGCAUGCAGUUGAAACAUUUUUAGGGCCUCCAUUUAGCUGUGUCGGCAGCGAGUUGACGCUUCCUUCUAUGCUCUGUAAAUUUCCCAUGAAAGAAGAAUGCACAAUCAGUAUACAAAUCACCCAGGGGGGAAAUUGCAGACUUUUCAUCAUGGCGGGUUGUUGAGGCAUCAGAACCCAUCCUUCACGCCUGCAUUAAAAGGGUAGGAAAGUCCACAAAAGGUAUGCAACGUUUUGUACUAGUGCAAGAAUUAGCCCUAGUGCAAAUGGAUACCCCUCUCUCCCUCCAUGCACACCAUCACCAAAUCUGCUCCAGAGGGUUGGGGAGAAACCUGGAAGAGAUUUGGGACAUGCAUGGGGGGCGGAGAGGAGAACUUUCCAUCACGCACAAAGAAAUCCUCACACCGACACAGUAUUCACCUUUGUGCUACAUUGAAUGCAACCCCAUCCUUCUUCCUCUAUGCUCCGAACGCAACGCAGUGGCUUAGAGUAAGAGGCAGCUAAUCUCUGCAAAGUGUUCCUCAGUAAGUGCCCUUAGGAGUAAUAAUAAAGUCCUCACUGAGUCAUCAGCUCAAACCUCUAGGCCUUAAACCAGGAUCCUCUGUGCCUAAAAAUUUCCCUUUCUAUGGCAGCUCGAGAGAUACGUCAGAGGGAAUGAUGUAUCUAAUUAAGACAAACAGAUUGCUUUGCUUGCCAGCAGCUGUUCCUUCCAGGAGAAUUGCAGGAGGGUUCUUUCCCCAGAUGUUACCAGAUAUGACCCUGGCAUUCUCUUGGCAGGCCUAUACAAGUGGAGCACUGCUGACAGGAGAACUCAAGAAGGCGUUGAUUGAAACGCUGCAGCCCUUGAUCGCUGCUCACCAGCAAAGGCGAAAGCAGAUCACCGAUGAAAUAGUGAAGGAAUUUAUGACUCCGCGGAAGCUGGCGUUUGAUUACUAAUUACAGAAGUGCAUGUUGAUUUAUCAGUACACAUAGAGCACACUUGAUUGGUGUUGCCCUAGCCUCUCGUCUGCCGCCUCUCCCUAACAACGUACCUCUCUGCUUCUAGCAAGUUACUUUCACAGUUGCCCUCCGUUGUCACCAGUGACUUUGGGAAUACGUAGUUUGUGUUUGGAAAAAACAGACAUUGGCCUAGGACUUCAUUUGACUAAUUACGGGUUAGCAAGAUAACCCAAUCACCUGGAAAAGAGAUGCUUUGUCGACAAGAGGACCCUAUUUCACGGAACACAAUAUUAAGAAAAACACUGAUUAAAAAGGUGGUGCAAUGCCAGAUUCUGCUACCGUGGUAGCCGUGUUAGGCAUGUUUUUACAUCUAGGAGCUGUGCCUGUUUCAAAGAUAAACUAAACUCUUCCAUCCAGAAUAUACAUUUGUCUUUGUUUUUUCCUUUUUCGGUUGUUUAGUUACAGUGGACAUGAUUGCAAUUUGGCCUUAUCAAAAGCACUGUCCACUUGUUACAAGCCGGUUGAGAGGGAGCUUGGGACCAUCUCAUCCAAGUCAAGCUGCUAAUUCUGCCCUCACCAUUCUGACCAGCGUGAUCUCUGCAACAGGAACCUCUUUCCUGUGAGUGGAGGCUCCCAGUGCAACUUGGAACCUUGAUCAGUCAGGGUUGCAAACUGCACAGGCAGCCUCACCCCUUCAGACAUUCUACUGAGCACAAUCAGUGGUGAUGGUGGAAGCAGGAGGACGAAACUUUUAUUUCAUAGCUAAAGGUGCAGCCCUGAGCCCCUUUUCAACAAGCGAGUAGUGUGUGAACUAAAGACCUGCUGUGUUUCUAACAGCCUGGCGAGUUUCAUUUGGGCAGUCAUAUCUCAGUGGUUCUAAGAACAUAUGACGGUUGGUUGACGAGUCUUUCUGCAAAUGAUACUUGGCUAGUAUCUAUAAGUUGGCUAUACUGGACUUUGGGGGGUUUUGUCAAACCCAGCAAGCAAAUUGUUUCUCAUUUUUGCCCUGCAAAGCAAGGGAAACUAAUAAUAAUAGCUAUUAUUUCUCAGGGGCAGCAUGGACUGCUAAGAGAUUAUCACAGUAGAGACAGUGUAUACAAAGGGCAAAAAAACCAAACCUUUCUGAUAACUGGGAAGUUAAAAAUCGCCAAGCGAUGCUGUGACAUCAGCAAUGUGGCUGCAAGACAAAGGACAUCUUUGUUUCUGUGUUUAUAUUGUUGAGAUUAAGAGCUGGUUAUCUCUCUCUGUGUGUCUCUCUCUUUGUGUGUGUCUCCCUCUCUGUUGUUCAUAUAAUCUUUCAGCAUGAAUUAGUCCACAAACUAUAACUCUCAUUGAGUAUUUCCUACACAACAGGUUCUCAGGUUUGUGAUGCAAGCAGAAACAAAGCUUCCUGUUUCCAUUUUUGUCUUCUUUAAGUAGUGAGCAUUAGAUACGGCAUGAAUCCACAGUUCAUUGAAACUCUGCAUCAGCAGAGAUCUGCUGUGUGGGUUAUAUGCAUCGGACCUGUAUUCCAUGCACUGAAAGCACACUGCACCAACCUAGUAUUUCUUUGCUAGUUACAAUCAAACUAGUUGAAGGUUGAGGUGCCACAACAGGUGAGUGUGGAUGGGAAAUUGCAACUGGAGCAUUGUGACCUGCCAUACGUUCUUGUAGCAAAUCAUGUUGGUGUGUCUGGUUCAUGAGCUUUUGUCUUUUGUUUCGUUUUUGUUAACAAUGGUGCAGCUAAUCAAAAUUUGUUUUUGAAAAGCGCUAAGAAGGGCGACAGUAAAUCCAGCCCUGCUCAGACAUCUUGCACAGCAGCUUACGAAUGCUGGUGUAAAGGGAAUUGUUUAUUAAUCAUGCAUAGCAACUGUACAAACUGAAACCAUACGCAAUAAAAACAGGGAGAUCUUGCAGAACAAAGGCUGUUUUUGCCGUUAUUACCUAGUGUAUAGACUUGUGCAUUUUUGUGUGUGAGCACUCAAAAGAUGCAACUAUUAUCAGAUGUUGCACAUAAAUAUAGGCUGGUAGAAAUCACUUUAAAUUUGCUUAGGGGACACUUAUAAUACGAUAAUACGAUACAAUAAUCUUUAUUGUCAUUGUCCCAUACAGAACAACAGAACUUGUAGUGAGCUGUUUGUGGAGCAGACGCUAUAUGCAGCAAUAUUUGCUAGCUCUUGCAAUAGUCCCAGGUCACCGUAAACUCAUGGGCCAGAUGGACUUGCAUGCUCUUGUUGAGGACUGUACACUUUCUAAUUGUAUAGUACAGCGGUUCAUUAAAGUGCUGGAAACACUUUCCAUUGAGCUACACGUUCAUGCGGGGGCACAGUUGGGCGACAUCCUUGCCCAUUGUGAACUGAGAGCAUGACCUCAAACAACCUUAGGUCCCCAGGUCAUUGGCCAGGCUAGCUGGGGGUAUCUGGAGUCUGAGCCCAGCAAGGUCUGGGGCCCCAAAGCUGGAGCAGUGCAUUUUAGGGAAGCUUGUAAGCUGUGCCCCUGCUGUCUUUUUCAGGAAACCUAUUUGCUGUUAUUCAUCAAAAAACUUUUCAUGAGCUUCUGAGUAGCUCCAGGAAUUCCCAGUGCACAGCCUGAAAGCCACUGCUGCACAGGAAAGGAAUCUCAACAGGAAAUGAGCAGUGAAACCAGAUCACAUGGCUGAAUCAAGAAAUUCAGUUCUAUCACCUGUGUACUGAAGGAAAAUAAUGGGUUUUUACCCUAAAAUGUGGGUUAGUUUCCCAGUGUUGUUCUCAGCACUCCUUUAAGAAUUGUCAUUGUAAGAUUUUAAUACAUUUGAGCUUUAACAAAAUAAAAUUACUCUCUAAACUCACUAUUUACAAUUAAUCAAUCAAUCUCUCUCUCUCUCCCCCCCCCUCUCUCUCUCUCUCUCACACACACAAAAAACCAUGUAUAUCUACCUGCCAACUUAAGAUAACACUUCCUGUAUCUGAGGAUACAGGACUCUAGUCCACGAAAGCUCACGCCUGCAGCAGACAAAUACAGCUUCCCUAAUGAAAAUUGGGGAGAGCAGGGUAGAGAAUGACAGUUUCACAUAAUUUAAUGUGAACCACCUAGCACGGUUUUUGCAAAAGUUUGCCUAAGGGUAAUUCCAAUUGCCUGAGCAUGCCGUGAUGCUCUUAAUCCAGCAUGCCAAAUUCCCUUAGUGCUCACAAAAGCCAGUUCCCCUUGCAGAGCUUGUAAAAAAGCACUUGUCUGGGAAUGAAUGAGAUUGCAAUGGCAUAAAUGGGAGAGCAGAAUUAAAAGUGCCGACUUUUCCUUGUCAAGCAAAGCAUGUUGUAAAUGGAAGGCCAUUAAUAGUCUUUUAUGCAACAUGUGCCUUCCCACUGCAAGCUGCAGUUUUCCAGCAAAGCAAUUCUUGGACAUGGAAUGUUACAUGUGGUGUCUUCUUUCUGCCGGUGGCCUUGAGCUUUUCGUGCCUCUCUGGUGAACAGCUCUAUUGUUUGUUCAGUAACGAGUAAUUUGGGGUCAAUGAAAUGUUUAGAACAUCAAACUCUUCCAUUGCCCAUCACUGGCAAAUCCAGAUCUCUGUAUGUGUCCAUUUUUCCUUCUGUCUUUACACUUGCAAGUUUUCAGCUUUAAGCAACUUCAGGCAGCGAUAUUCAUGUGCAUCUGUUUCUAAAGUGAAGCAUCCAUGUCUGGAUAUGGAAAACAGAUGAACCCAGAAUUAAAUCAGGGAUGGAGAACCUUCUUUCAGCGGGAGGACCACAUUCCUUUCUGAGCAACCUUGUAAAGGCCAGUGGUCAGUGAUGGGUGGGGUCAGAAGCAAAGGUGAGCAGAGCAGCGUAUGUGUGCAAUGAAUAUUAAGUUAUUAUUAAAUUUAUAUACCGCCCUUUAUCAAGGGACCACAGGGUGGCUUACCUGGGCCCUCAGGUCUUCAUCUUGGGCCCUCAGAGCGCCCCUCCAAAGAACGUUCAGCGACUGACAACAAGGGCAGGGCCUUUUCAGUUGUGGCUUCCUAUCUGUGGAAUGCCUUCCCAAGCUUGGUGCCAGCAUCCUUUCCGCACCAGAUGAAAGGUAAAAUCUCUCUUCUCCCAGGCAUCUGAAGGAUUGUCAUGUUGCUUGAUGAUACGUCUUGCUUCUGACUUUAUUUUUGCUGCUGCUGUUUUGCUGGGUCUGUUCCAUGGGUCUUUGUAUGGUUUUUAUUGCAAUGUGAUGUUCUUCUUUUCAGAUAAUAUGUCAUGCUUUAUGUAAGUUGUUUAGGGACUCUCUGUGUAGCAAGUGCAAUGCAAAUUGAAUAAAUAGUAAUAAUUUCUCA